CAACAGUUGUCCCGCCUCCUGAGUAUCUGGGUGAGUUUGUUUUUCUACAGCAGAUCCAGCCUUGUUUCACUUCUGCAGAGUCACUACAGGAGCUGCAAACCAGCAGAGAUGGCAAAACUGAUGGAAGAUGAGGUAUUUAUGGCUUUUACCACCUAUGCAACUAUUGUCAUCCUGAAGAUGAUGCUGAUGGCGCCCAUGACUGCAUACCACCGCAUAACAAAAGGAGCUUUUGCAAAUGAGGAAGAUGUAACUUUGAAGCCUGCAGAGGAGAGGAAGAAACUGCUGAGAACCGAUCCAAAUGUGGAGCGAGUCCGAAGGUGCCAUCAGAAUGACUUGGAGAAUGUUGUUCCCUUCGUGGUGGUCGGUCUGCUCUACGCUCUCACUGGACCUGAGCUUUCAGCCGCUCUGCUACAUUUCCGCAUCUUUGUUGGCUCUCGGAUCUUCCACACCAUCUCAUACGUGGGCGCUUUUCCUCAGCCCUGCAGGGGUCUGUCCUUUAUGGUGGGCCUCCUGACCACCUUCUCCAUGGCUUACAGGGUGCUUAGCACAGUUCUCGUGCUUUAGAAACAAAAAGGGGCCAUUCAACUCUUCAUCACAAGCUCAUCAUUCCAACAUGAAACCUUUUUACUUAACUGCUGCAGCUAUCUAUGAGCUUGAUUAUGAAACAUCCUUGGCACCCUUUGCAUUCCCUGGAACUGCUUCCAUGGAUGGAAAAGGUAUUUUUUAAUAAACCUUUCUAUCAGCUA